AUGGACUUAUUACCGGCCUCGUAUUACGGGAAACUUGAUCAAAGAAACCCGGUGAUCAUUGCGUUUUUGAAAGAGAUAAACUCGUUCAUUGCGGUUAUGAGGAAAAUCUCCUCUUCACCCACACGACAGAACAACAACGAUUUCGUGAAAGGAAAUAAAAUAUUAGGGGAAGUGUGGAAGAAGUACAAAAGCAGAUUACCUCAUUGGUUCUAUGAAGAGCACAUAUUGCAGGUGGCAGAUGUACUUUUGGAAUUAAAGUUUUCUGACAUGGCCUUGUGGUAUGGAUACAAGCCACAUUUACAGCAAUACACAUCAUUGGAUAUUGUUGACAUUGAAGACAUAGACCACUUCAAAGCUUUGUUUUGCCCUAAAGGCUUAGACACAGAUCAAGACAGUCUUCUCAUGAUGAUCCGGGCACUGAAUGGUUGUGCCAUGUGCACUUUUGAGCAGGUGAAGGCUCACCGUAUUCUCAGUGCUGACAAUCUCUAUAAACUUCUCUCUGUGCUGGAUACACUUCAAAUCAUUAUGCAAGUUUUUCAGCAUCACAAUAGCCUGUGCUGGCAAAUUCAUAAUGCCUCAGUUCUCAUCUACAACAUCUGCCGCUAUCUUAUGACACAGAAUUACAGUGCACAGGUUUUGGAAUAUCUAUUGUGGGCGAGUUUUGCUAUAGAGCUGUCUGUUCCACUGAUGACAAGUAAAAAAGUGUCAUGGCUUGUCACUCUUUACUGUGCUGUGUGCCAAUGUUAUUACGACAGUGACGCCGCUGUGCAAGGAGAGAUAUUUGCUAGAAGAGCCCUUGUCAAAAUCUAUGAACUUAAAAACAUAGAAGAACAAUGUGAAUUUCCUGUCUCCAACGAGAACAGACGGAGCUACAAAGAAGCCUCCAUCAAGUUGGCUACAAUGAUUUUUAAACGAGCUGUUUUUGAAGCAGGGAAAACAAAUCAAUUCAAAACAAAAAGAAAUGUAUCUGAUAUGCUUAAGGCACCAUGGCCACGUAACCCAACAGAACAGAUUCUAUCCAGCCUGUUUGAAGGAGGAGCAGCUCAGUUUUUGGGGGUCCUAGAGGCUCUGAGAGACAGCAGCAGACUGGUCUCAUCAACUGGAGCAUCAGAGGUGGUCCAAGAGCUUCUCGCUGCUGGCAUCAGUCUUUUGUCAAAGAGCGAUGAAGAGAAUGAAGGACAGUCCCCAGCAUCUCUCCGUGCAGUCACAUCAUCAUGUUCACUGCUAGAAUUAUCUGUUGCAGGAGAAAACAAGAUAUCAUUUGAGGCUGCAGUGGAGUUCAUUAAACUCUUGUAUCACAACAAACAACCAGAUGCUUUUUCUGAGCAUUCAAGAGAAAUGCUUCAGCUUUUGUCGUGUUUCAAAGGACAGGCAUCAGAUAAAGCAGAGCUGGAGUUGUCCUUGCUUUAUUAUUACAGUUGUGUGCAAAAAGAGAAACAGAAGACAGUAUUGUCUGUAAGUGAUGAGCUAAAUAAACUUAUGAAAACACUUCACAAGUAUGUUCAUAACACUGAUUCAGAGCUGGACAGUGAUCUUGUCAUGUCUGUAAUCCUGUUUGUUUGGGAAAAAGUUAUGUCUGUGAUAGAAAGGAGACCACGGCAUCUCAUCGAUUUCAAGAAAUUUGAUGAGUGGGAGUGGUGUCUCGCAGUGCUAUGCGAUGUCGCCUUUGCCUUUGAGCCCUGCACUUCUCAUUAUUGUAUCAUGACUGGAGAGAUGACACUGACAUUGUGUUUGCUGCUUGAGAGUGCCAGUAAACACACUCGACAAAAAACAUUGUCUUGUGUAAAUUUUACAGAAGGAGAUGUUGGCAUAGAAAGCUCUUUUACCCUUAGCCAGAAAUAUGGAAUGCUUUCACCCUCUUCAUUGUCUGAAGAAAGACGCAACCAAGACAUCUUCCCAGAUGUUUUGGCUUUCAAUAACACUUGGAACAGAGACGACUUCCUGCUGGUUGUGGAUCUUCACCUUUACCUAAAUGCCAUUUAUUAUAAAUCCUUUCUCAGUUUGAUGGAGGAAAACGCAGCUGCAGAGUCUGAGAUUCUUCACCAGAUUAAGAAAAACAAGAUAUUAAAAGCUGUUUAUCUGAUGCAAAAAGCUUUAAGGGAAUACAAGAUGGAUCCAGUUUCCACCAACAUCAAGAAUCAUCUAGAGGUGUCGACUGAACUGAUAAGGAGAGCAGGAUUUGAAGAGAGAAAGCUUUACACGUCGACUGGCACACUAAGUCAGUGUGCAUCGUCAAAAGACAGAGAUGAAAAAGACUGUCCUCCACCUCCACCUGUUCUAACCGCUCGCUCAGACUGUUCUUUCAGCUUUGUUCCCGCACCUUACCAUCCAAAACAAAAAGUUUGCUGGUACCAACUUUUGGGCCAUGUCUCAGAGGGCCCUACUAGCAGCAAUGUCAGACUUGGAGACGUCAAUUUAGUGGGAACAGGCAGAUUGAUUCCUGCUGAAUCUGGCAGAUGUGUGCUGAAGGUGGAGGGUUUAGAUCCAAACCAGAAAUAUGUUUUUGCUGUUGCAGCCUACAACAGCCAAGGUGGCCUGGUAAGCAACAGCAUUGGAGAGACAACUAUUCCACUAUUGGCAUCCCCUCCACUGCCCCUGCUCACCUCCUGGGCUUAUCUCGCACAGGUCGCAUUUAAAACCAAACAGUAUGAUGCAGCCAAGAGAGCGUGCCAAAUACUGUGGAGCCACUUCAUUAACUCUGAAUCUAGAGCAAACAAUAUGCAUCACCGUGCCAUGUUCAUCUGGGAACAGAUUGACAGACUGGAAAACUGUGAACAAAUGUUGCUGGCUAUAGACUUAAUGCCUUGGCUAAUUGAGCAGAGUGAUGCAUUACAAGCUGUCGUGGUUUGUUAUGCUCUUGUGAACCCUCUCAUCUACCAUCAGAUCUCAUGUCAACCUCUGAUACAGGUCUUAACUAAAUGCCUUGAAGUACUCGAGGAGAACCUUCCUCAGCUCAAACACAAGUGGACUGGAAGGGCGUCUGAACCACUCAUGCACAGAAUAGCCUGCAUCACAUACUAUCUCUAUAAGACAUUUCAUAAUCUUAAUGAGGACACAAAAGCUGCACAAUUGAUGGACUGCGGCGUCAAUCUUCUCCAAGAGAUCUAUGAUGCCCAAAGUAAACGGAUCAAGACAACAGUUGUAAUGGUGAAGAAGGCAAACUCAACACUGAAGAGUGAGAAGAAAGUUAAUCCCCAGUUAAAGGCUUUACUUGUCACAAUCAACGAGAAUGCAAACACAAUUUCUUUUCAUGAAGAUCAUGGUAAAAUAUAUGAUUUUUUAUCCAGCACCUCAAUAAAACGUGCCUUUCAAGAAGUGAUGAAGUUAGAACAAAGAACCCUCUUCAUUGAAUCUUCCACACUGUUACUGCAGAGGGCGCUAGAAGAAGGAGAAACAGCCCUGGUGAUUGAGUGGGGCGAAAACUUUGCAGAGUUGAUAAGUAAGAAGUGGACUCAAAACAACAUGAAACACUUUAAGAAGCAGAUGAUGUUCGGAAAUAUGUUUUGUGAGGAGAGCGUGUGGAGGACCAACCUUAACUACAUUGUAGCUCAGGCACAUCUCGCCCUGUUCUAUGAGUCACUUAAGCAGCUCCAGGAAGAGCCUCCUCUGCACAGGUAUAGCCAGUUGGAUCCUGUGGAUUUCUCUUUGGCAAACUCCAGUGUCCCUCUGAGGAUAAGGAGAAACAUACAACAGCAAUCUCUUUCGGAGAGAGACAGAACAAUCAAAGCAGAUGCAGAAGCACGGAAAUGUGAUCCUUCUUACAAAGAGGAAGAAGAGUCAUCUGCACAUGAAAUUCAAAGACAAACCGCUGCCUUCAUUUUGGAGUCACUCACUAAUGCAGUAUUGCAUCUUCGUCGAGCGAUGGUGUUGGCCCACCGCAGCUCUCACCUAGCUUUACAAUUUAAUGCAUACACAAGGGAUUAUUACGCAUUGAUAGUUUCACCUCUUCUAAUCAACGCCCAAAGAAGACUCCUGGAGAGAAUUGAAACCUUCAAAGGACCUCUUGUUCCUCAGCCUCACCAUGUCAAGACAAAAGAAGUUACUGGACAAGAGGUGACAUACAAAAGCUAUGCAGGUGUUCAGCUUCUCUGCAGUUGGAUUCCCACACAAAAAGUGGUCACCGCUAAAAGAAAAGCACUCUCUAGAAUCCAGCUGAUAGCUGCUGAGGUCCAGAGGUCCAUGGCUCUUGUGUGUGUUCCUUUGGAUGUUGAAGACACAUUGUAUUGGUAUCGCAAAGCUGUUGAGAAAACCUCCCCUUGUCUCCAGUUCCUCCAACACAGCCGCUUACAACUGCGGUGCCUGUUGGCAAACACACAGUCAGAUUAUGGAGCACUGGUCCCGUGUAAAGAGGCCAAAAAGUUAACAACCACGUUUGACUUCUCCCCUGUGGUUAAGCUUGCACCAAGUGCCAAACCGUGUGAUCUGAUAGAGAAGGACUACAUGACUAAAGAAUCUGUUUACACUCUUCCCCUUAGCCCUGAGCAUGUUCCCUCCAUAACUGCAGCGUACACCUCUGCUAUUAAAUAUUUCCAUGAAAAUAAACAUGACUCACUGUCUAUUGUGGCACUGCAUGACCUGGGAAAUCUCCAUUUUUUUAAUGGCAACACAAAGGCAGCACAUUUAUGCUGGACAAAGGCAAUCAAUACUGCCUUAAAGAGCCCUAAUGCAAUGGAACAAUGGAAUGGUAUGACGUUUGGAGGCUGUUCCCUGGAAAAUAGACUCAAACUGUCUGGGAUAUGGGGCUGCCUACAAGCUGCUAUCCUCAAUGCUAAAAUUGCCCAGUAUAUACUCACCACAGACAUCUGUAAUCGUACCAACAGCUGUCUCCAGGCUGCCCACCUGUUCAAGUGUGUGUUGUGCUGCUCUUUGGCACAGCCGCAGUGUGAUCUCCAUUACGCUUCAGAUCGGAUCAUAGAAGAGUUGUUGCCUGGUGUGGACUUCUUCUCAGAUCCCUCCAGACUUCACCUCGGCACCACUAUUGCAAGUCUGAGCUUUGUCUGUCAAUGGCUUUUCUCCUCGGGCCAUUACAUGAAGCUACUUCCCAUGUUGGCACUGUACCUCUAUUUUGUUGGGUCUGUGUGCAGAGAUGUCCAGCGUACUAUUGACUGCAAAAUACUAAAGAUACGUGCACUCACUGAAUUAGGUUUCUUCACUGAGGCUGUGAAUGAGUUUCUGCUUCUAAGAAAAGGAGCAGGAUUCUCUUUUGGUCACUGCAUCAAAAGAGACGAAGAUCAGGUUGAAACCACAUUUAGCCACAAUCCCAAUGUGCUUGAAAACCUUGAGAUGUUGGAAGAUCUUGUGAAUUGUGACUUUACUUCCGCUGUUUGCGCUCUUUAUGGAUCUGCGUUGUGCCUUCGUUUUAAACUUGCACAAGCUCAACUAAUCUUGGCCAUAAGUGCAACUAUUUUCAGUCCUUUGGAAGUUCCAGAUAGAGAAAACGAAACAAUUUCUAUAGAGAAUGAAGAGGAGGAAGACACAAAGCUGCUUGAUCUUCAGUCUGCUGGAAAGCCCCUCCCUCUUGGAAAGCUCAAGUACCUUCUCUUAGAGGCAGCUUCCAGCUUAUUAAAAAACUUUGCAAAGCAGCUGACCACGUACAGUCAUGUGGAUAAAGUCGAAAUGUCUGUUGAGUUCAAUCUUUUAAAGGCUAAACUCUUUUGUUUGAAAGGACAAGCGACUUUAUGCACUGAAGCAGCACUGUCAUCCAUGAUGAUACUUCGGUCCGCUUCUGAUAACAGAAAGGCACCAACAUCUGAGUUUGAGAUGCAAUCCUUGCUCAAACAAAAUGGAUCUGAACCAGGAACUUUGCAGAGCAUAAAACCACCCAGUGUGGACGGAGAUUCAGUAGAAUUGAUUGAAACAAGUGAGAGAAUAGGCUGUCACAUGUGGAUACGCUGCCGCCUGACUUUGGUCCAUAGUUUGACUGCUCAUGAUCUCAACACUGGUAGAGGUAAUAAAUUGAAAAGGGAGACGGCUCGCAUGAUCAGGGAUGGUAUUGAAGAAUGUAAAAAGUGGGGAGAUCCAGACAGUCAAGCGUUGCUGAUGCUUGAAUGUGCACAGUGGGGUACAACCACUGUGAAUGAAUCAAAUCAGAUCAAAGAAAUAGUGGGAUUACUCUCAGGGCGAGUGAACAUGCCACCGCGGUCAGCCAUAACGUUGGCCCAAGCGUCUAUAUUACUGCAUGAGAUGAAAGCACCAGAGAGUGUUGCUUUUUUAAAACUUUCACAGAAGUUAUUACAAACUCAGCUGAAUAGUUUCAACCAAAAUAUUCAUUUUGAUGAUGGAGGAUCUUGUGUACAAUGUUGCAGUAACUUCUGCCUCCCUCUUAUUCAUCUUCUACACCAUACCACUUCAUGCAUAGAUGACAUGAAUUAA